CUGUCAGGCACCAGUUCCUGAUAUAAGCCGCCACCAACAAUCUCCGCCUGUCAAAUUAGCUAUUCCGGGUAUUUUGUUUGAAAAAAAUGAAACCAAUGUGGCACAAGUUGGGCCUUGUUUUUUUUAAACCCAUUUUAAAAUGCCAGACGUAAAAGCGGCUGGACGCGAAUAGCUGCCUGAGAAGCCAAACUCGGGGUAUAAUAUCUCCACUACCUCAGUUACCAAGGAGACGUGAACUGUGGCGCUAGUCACAGCUAGCCGUUAUACUAGCCGUUAUACUAGCCGUUAAGCUGGACUUUCGGUACCGCAUGUUUUUGUGAAAGGGAACAUUUCUGACAUGGCAGAGCUGCAUAUUAUCGGCCAGAUCGUCGGGGCCAGUGGUUUCCCGCAGAACAGCCUAUUUUGCAAAUGGGGAGUUCAUACGGGAGGAGCAUGGCGUCUUCUGUCCGGGCUGAAGGAGGGUCAGACCCAGGUGGAUAUCCCCCAAACCGGAGACGUGGCGUACUGGAGCCACCCGAUCGAUCUGCACUACGCAACCAAGGGACUUCAAGGCUGGCCGAAGCUUCACCUCCAAGUGUGGCACCAGGACUCCUUCGGACGCUGCCAGUUGUCCGGAUACGGGUACUGCCACGUCCCGUCUAGCCCCGGACAUCACCGGAUAAGCUGCGUGACCUGGAGGCCGCUCGGCUCCUGGCAAGAGCAGCUGGCGCAAAUGUUUGUCGGCGGAGGACCCCAGCUUCGCAGCCCGGACCUCGUAUACAGCGGGGCGGACAGAUACAGACUACACACCGAAGCCAUGGGGACUGUGGAGCUGGAGCUAGGCGUUAUCAUGAGACACUUUGACAAAUAUGGCGUCGAGAGUUAACACAGUUAAAAUGAAAAGGA